CCUGUGUGGUCCUCACCCACUAAUUCUCUCGUUCUAUUUACCCUUCUCGUAUUUUUACUAUUUAUAUCUAAGUUUUAUAGUCUUGUUUUCCUUAAAUAACUUCUCUGAGUCUUUCUUUCCCCAUAGCCUGCUUCUGGAUCUUUGUUGAACUUAUGGACACAGGCAGGUCUGAGGGAAAGAGGACUUUGAGGUACAAAGAGGAGGAGGAUGAGGAAGAAGAGGAAGAGGAAGAGAUUAACGAGAUGGGUUUCGGAGAAGAUGGUAGAAGAAAUAAGAGAGUAAUGAGAGAUCUCUGUGGUAAGAGAGGGUCCAAAGGUGGAAGCUCAAUGCCACCUUCUUGUCAGGUGAAUAACUGUGAUGCUGAUCUCAGUGAAGCUAAGCAGUAUCAUAGAAGACAUAAGGUUUGUGAGUACCAUGCCAAGGCUCCCUCCGUACACAUUGCAGGGUUGCAACAAAGGUUUUGCCAACAAUGUAGCAGAUUUCAUGAGGUAUCGGAAUUUGAUGACUCAAAAAGGAGUUGUAGGAGGCGUUUGGCGGGGCAUAAUGAGAGGCGUCGCAAAAAUGCAGUUGAUUACCAUGGAGACUAAUUUCUUCUAUGAGAUGGAUAUUAAUGAACAUUGAGGCAAGCAUAUGAUUGAAAUAAAAUUUCCCAUUGAAAUCUUUAUAUUCAAAUUAUUGUUCUGAUCUCUAAGGAUGCUGCUCUCUAUCUUCUGUCAAUAUGUAUGGGAAGAUUGUUGCUGUUAGUUACAACUACAAAAAGAUUUUCAGCUACAAUUGGUGUAUGUUUAAUUGGAGAGAAAAGAUCUUAAUCGAACUCUCUUGAUUGAUUAAAAAAUAAAAAGAAGUGGGAAAGAGGGAUUUUAAUUCUCUUGUUUAGGUCAAGACUAAAGAACGGAGAACAAGAAUUUUAAUUACUUCCCUCAUUUAUUUCUGAAAAAGAGAAACUUGUUUGUACUAGAUUUUAUUUUUAAAAACAAAAAACAAUUUUAAAAAUGUAAUCAAAACAUGCUUUAGAUUCACCUUUCUUUGUUUUUAUCUUCCCUCUUAGAGUGAUGAGGGGAUUUGGAACUCUCCUCUUUCUAUUAAAAUUUGUCUCGUCUGAUAUCUUUUUCCCCUUUAAACCAAACAUAUUUGAACAUGAUUU